AUGAAUUAUGCAGUUUUCACAACAAAAGUAAGAGUUUAAAUACUAGAUACAUUAUUUGCAAAACUAAUUAGUUGCCUGAUGUUAGUUCACCAAACAUUAACCAGACUAUAUUUACCCUAUAAUAAUUUAUACUGUAUAAUUAUUAAAAAUUAAAUGAAAACUUUAUUUACCUAUGCUAACCUGUCAACCGAAGCUGAUUUCCACAUAUUGAAACCUACGAAUUGAAACCAUUUUACUUUGAUUUCAGUUUUCUUCUGACUCUUCAAGUGAUCCUGAUCAGGAUGAUGAACAGAGAGACUCCAAAGAUGAAUGCUGGUCUGACAUACCAGAAGAUGUUCUCAACCGUGACAUAUUGUCUCCUCCAGCGGCUGGGGGAGAUAUUGUCUCCUCCAGCGGCUGGGGGAGAUGGAUAUGCCCCCAGAUAUGGGGCAUCUACACUGCUGAACAAUGGAAAAAUUGGACCUUGGUAUACUCCUUAUAUGCACUGAAAGACAUUCUAGGUGAUGAACAUCUAAAUUGCUGGCAAGCAUUUGUAUUGGUAUGUGAAUACAUUUGCAAACCAGUGCUUAGAGAGGAAGACAUAACUAAAGCAGAUUUAAUGCUGCUCAUUGCAGAAAGUUUCAAACUAUAUGGCAACUUGGCAAAAACUCCAAAUAUGCAUCUGUACUGUCACGUGGUGUUUUAGUUUUGAACGGUAUAAUGGUACUGUUAGAAGCAUUACGACAAACAAUAGGUCAGUAGAGUUACAACUUAUGCGAAAGAUAACCAUCGCGAGGCUGCUUGGUGGCAUUCAGUUGGCUCAAGAGUUCAACCCUUAUUUUGGUGAUAUUCUAUCAUCAUUAGAAAAUUCUGUAGAUGUUAGCUGCUGUGAAGGUCAAACCACAACAUUUUCAAAUCUGCUAGAGUACUUACAAAUGGAUAAGAAAAUGCCUCUUCAUACCAUCAACUGGAGUAACUUGUCCACAUUGUCUCUACCAACCGAUUACAAGGAGAGUGUUCUCGAAGACGAAGAUACUCUUGCUCUUCUGCAGGGUCUACAAGGUCAUGUUUGGCACAGAUUUUAA